CAGCUAGAUCCUUGUAUGCUGGAUCCGUGCAAGCCAGAGCCAACAGUGGUGAUCAUAGGUGGAGGGAUGGCUGGACUUUCAGCAGCACAUCGAUUGGUACAAUGCGGCCUUCAGAAUUUUACGAUCUUAGAGGCAACGGAUAGACCAGGAGGACGAAUUCAUUCAUGUUGGUUGGGCGACGUGGUCGCGGAAAUGGGAGCCACUUGGAUAGAGGGUGGAUGCGUGGCGAAUCCCGUUUUCACCCUAGCCGCUCAAGAGGGUCUUCUGAAGCCGCCUGUCUUCAGGCCUGAUCCGAGUCGGGGUCUUUUCUGCACGAGCGACGGCCGAGCCAUCGAUCUUCCUGUCAGCAUCACGGCUUAUCACACCUUUCGACAAAUCGAGCAACAGGCGGCAACCCUUUUCUCCCUAGGCUGUGGCCGCACCCACGGUACGUUGCUGAACUUCAUGGGCGUCCGAAUACAACAGGAGCUCCACAAUUUCCCCGAGGAGCAACGAUACGACGCAGCCAGGGUGAUGUACGGAAUGACGAAUUGCGUGAGGUGUCGAUGCGGCGACGAUCUGUCCCUCGUUUCCGCCGAUCAGUUCGGGAGUUACAUCGAGAUUCCUGGCGGUAACAUCAGGGUGCCCCUUGGAUACGUUGGAAUUCUGGCCCCCCUGUUACGAGAUUUACCAAGUUGUUCCCUCAAAUACUGUAAGCCAGUGAGCUGCGUCAGGUGGGGCGCCAUAAGUGACUCUUGUCCCCGAGCAGUAGUGAAGUGUUGCGACGGCGAAGAAUAUCCAGCUGAUUACGUUAUCGUGACCGUGCCCCUCGGCGUUCUGAAGCAUCAACACGACAAGCUUUUCUGCCCGGCGUUGCCCGCGGAGAAAGUCGAAGCUAUAUGUAAAUUGGGAUACGGAUACGUUAACAAAAUAUUCCUGGAGUACGCGCGGCCGUUCUGGGUUUGGAAAGAAGGCGGCAUCAAACUGGCUUGGUCGGCUGAUGAACUUGCCGAUAGAUGUGACUGGGUGAAAGGAAUCUCUAAUAUCGAAGAAUUGUCGACCUCGCAGCACGUUCUGUGUGCAUGGAUUUGCGGCCGCGAGGCGGCCGAUAUGGAAUUGUGCUCGGACGAAGAGGUCGUGGAGUCGAUAACAAGAGUUCUCCGACAAUUCACCGGUGAUCCCACGCUCCCGUAUCCGGCUAAUCUUCUCAGGAGCAAAUGGUGCAUGGAUCAAUACUUUGCCGGUGCAUAUAGCUACAUGGGACUGGAUAGUACUGUUGGCCAUCAGUGUGAUCUAGCUAGUCCUUUGCCAGGAACGUGUGAACCAAUACCACCUAUUCUGUUGUUUGCUGGGGAAGCCACGAUCCCAGGACAUUAUAGUACAGUUCAUGGGGCGCGGUUGAGCGGUAUUCGUGAAGCUGAAAGAAUAAUCCAGUUAACGAAACGAUUUGGAGGUCCACCGAAAAAACCGUCCGAUAAAAGCUGAGUCAGUGAAGAAUUCGGUGGAGGUAUUAAAAAAAUAG